AUGGCUCAUCCCGAGGCAAUCCGAGGCUGGCUGGAGGUAGGGGAGUGUGCAGAGGAGAUAAGGGGGAUUCUUGUUUUGCGUUUUAUGCAGGAUAUGGCGAACCUAACCUUUGAUACAUCGGAGGAAGAUCUUCUUCGCAUCUUCGGUCAUUUUGGGAAACUCCGGGAUGUAUUCAUUCCAUGGAAUCGGCAACUAAAUCAUUCCCAUGGAUUCACCUUCAUCCGAUUCUGUUAUGAGCAGAAUGCUUUCAAAGCGAUUCAAUGUCUGCACGGACGGAGGAUUGAUGGUAAGGUUGCUCACAUUGAUUGGGCGAAAGGGCAAUCUUGCACAAGGACAACAGUGCUGUUAUCACCUCGACGGCCAAAACCAGGUGGAAGUACCAGCUCCGGAUCGAUCGUUUGUGGAAGAAGUAAGAGCGUAAAAAAAGGGAGCGUACAAUCUGAAGGCAGGGAGCUCGGGGAUCACAACUAUUGCAGAUUCUAG